GUGACAACUUCUCAGGUGACUGCAGCGGCCAGAUAUGUAAAAGUCACGAGAAUUCAUUCAAAAAUUUUGCAAAAUUUCCGUACAAUGAUUCGUAACUUGGUGCUGAAACUACCCAGUUUAAAAUGUACCAGCGAAUAUGCCUUUUCGUCGUUAUAUCGUAAAAGAAGUUUCCGAUCCUUGUCUCCGAUUCAAAGGCUGCGGUCCGAUGCUUCUGCGGUUGCCGAAAGGUCCGUGUCGUGUUCCAGAGCAGAAAGAGGCAAUUCACCAGUAGAUAUAUCCGGAAAGCCUCCGGCAAGGGCGCUCUGCUUCAGUAAGGAAUAUUACGCUAAAGUACAGCAGCCAGAUGCAAGCGAAGUCCAAUGGAAGGAAAAUUCCGUGCGGCUACAAGAAGCUGAGCCGCUAAAGGGCGAGUCGGAUUUCACAAAAUCUGACUCCGUUCACUUUGAAACUUUAGAACAGUAUGAGUUGGAAGCAGCGCGGCCUCGUCCCUCAAAAAGCCGAGAUGUAUUUGACGCGUUUGCUUUACAAUACAAAAGAGUCGACAGAUAUACUCAUUUGCAGCCCAAUCAGAUGAAACCGUACGGUUCAUCAGACAAUCUCUAUUCGCCCAUGCUUAUAAGACCGACCAAUUCUUUAAAGUAUCCGAAAAAACUGAAAAGACAAAUGACUAGAGAAACGACGGAACUCGAACCUGUCGGUAGCACAGAAACGCCUGCAAAAGGACAGAGAAACUUUUCUACAGCUACGCAUAGCUCGGAAGAAACGCGGAAAAUAUCUACGACCAAAAAGUGCGUUUCAAAAGAAGGCGACAGCACCAAAGAUAAACAUAGCAGUGGCAUAAUGCGACCCAAUGAGCAACUUCGUUUUCCUAACACUUUAAACUUAUCGGGUUAUCGCCAGUUCUCUAAGCAGCAGUUAAUUGCUUACCAAAACUCCUGGGCAAUGCGAAGCAAAUUUGUCGAUUUCUCGCCUCCCUCUUACCAAGCGCUUCCGAAAAAUUUGGUUGAACAAACAGAUGAACUUCCGUUGAAAAUAUCAACGCCUGCAAUGCGAAAAGAACGAAAAGAAGCCGAAAAUCGCCAAGGGUCAAUACAUUAUCGCUCAUCCUACUCAGAUAUCAUCAAAUGUAAGCUACAAGAAGAGCAGACUGCCAAAAUGGGCUUAAACGGAAAUUUUCUGGCCCCCUGCGAUGCUCUGAAAAUGUGCAACAGUUAUUCAGUAGCUACGCCUUCAGAGCGGUCAGAUAAAAUGCUGGAAAAUCUAAAAUCAAUUCCUAGUAACAGAACUAUAACUACGCGGUCGAAGAGCAACAUUAACUGCAACGAAAAAUCAGUGCUAACUCAGCAACCGUUGCAACAAAUUGAGCUAUCAGGUGAAUUUGUGAGCCAGAGAAAUUAUUCAAGAGCACCUAAAAAUAAAAAGAAGUCGAAAAAGUCGGAUAUGAAUAAAUCGUACGACCCCGAAUGCGAUAACGUUUGUGCACCGUUUAUCAGAAGCUUUAAGAAGAGCAAAAGCCCCAGAUUUCCAUACGAGCCGGCAAAAUGCGAACAAGAGCAUGAACGACGCAAAAGUGUGUAUCUACCAUCAAAAGUAAAAUUGCCUGUAGAUCCCUGCCUUCAACGGCCUGAGUACAGGGACUGUAAACCAGAUACUAGAUGUACAAUCGAAAGGGCAGACGAAUGUCUCGAAAUCGGGCCAAAGCAGCUUCCAAAGCUUCGUACAGGGCCCUGCCCAUGCAUAGAUCCGCCAGUGCCGACUGUAAAUCCGAAGCUGGAAAGAUUACAGUUUAAAUUUGAGGAUCCUCCCAAGGUGAUCUGUCAUCCGCCUACAUGCGAUGUUCCUCGUGCUGAUGACGACAAUCCCUACAAGUUCAAGCCACUGAAACCAUAUGUACCUCAAGUGUGCGAAUGUGUAGAACCGCCGCCGAUGUACAACGUUAAAUUGAAGAGGCUUCCCAGAUGCGAACCAGAGGAAAUUUGUCGACCGGUUAGAGUGUGCCCAGUGAUCGACCUUUGUCCAGAGCGAGCAGACAAAUGCUUCAAAGUUGUCCCAAAAAGACUACCCCUCCUACCAGAUUCACCGUGCCCAUGCAUCGAUACCCCACCCCCCGCAGUAGCUCCUCCAAUCAAAAGGCUAGACUUGCAUGUUCCGGAACCGGAACGUGUAUGUCCUCCACCGCGCCCUUGUGAUGAGGUGCAAAGGGCUGACGACAAUCUGAAACAACGCAGGAAGAAACUUCCCAAGUUUGUUCCAGGAGAUUGUCCAUGCGAGGACAAACCCAUGAUCGAUUGGAAUCUCAAACGUUUGGUGUGUGAAGACGAACCACGCGAUUGCAUCGUCCCAGAUCCAUGCCGGGCAUUUCCACGAGCAGAUUGGGGAUGUUGGGAGUAUACGCAAGAUGUUUGCGAAGAUGUAGACGAAAAAUGUCUGCCGCCAAAACCAAAGUGCGAAAAACCGAAGAAAGAAAAACCGUGUCGCAAACCGUCGAUAUGUGAAAACGCCGGCGCCGGGGUCUUGGAUUAUCGAAAUGUUUCGAAAAGGAAAUACAGCAACGCAAGCAGCAGCUCUUCGUUAAAGCUCUAUCAAAGAAUGAAAUCCACCAGUGAAAAAACGACUUCAAGGAGUGCAGCUAGUAAACCAACUUCGCUAUCCAGCAGCCAACCUACCAGAAAAAGCACUCAAUUUGCACCCAAACUAAAAGGGACGUCCAAGAAGUCAGCAAACGCUCCGGCCUUGCAACUUGUAAAGUUGUUAAACCAGCUAGAGACAACUAGCAAUCGAGAAAGCCAACACUUGCUGUUUAAACCUGAAAAAGUAGAAAAAGUGGACUACAACCAUAUUUUGAAAACUAUCGCCAGUACUACUGCCGAGCUGGAGAAAAAAGAAAUAGCAAAAACCAAUGCUAUGGCAGCCCAGACUUUGAAAAAACCUAAACAAACUACGCUGAGAGUAACAUCAAGAGCAAUCUCAACCACAGAACAUUCCCAUAGUGAGACGGAGAUGAAGAAGAAAAAGGAGUGCCAAGCAAAGGAAAAAUGCAAGAAAAUUAAACCCUCCUUGAAGGCGAUUAUGUGCAAGAAAUCAUGUCCCAAGUAUCACGUCUGCCAUGAUGCAGAUAACGAAAGAGAGUGCAGACCAUUCUGCAAAAUGGAAAGAGUUCCAGUUUGCUGCGAGAAGGAAGAAUCACCCUAUACAGCAUACUCAGAUAACCUCAACAGAGAAAUUCAACCAUAUACGCAUACUAAAACUCCGCAGUGGACAUGUAACAGGAAGCAAUAUGGAUUCCAUCCAGUCUACAAAAAAGAGCACGAUGUACCCAAUUCAGAUAAAACGAAGAAUCUAAAACGUUAUAGUACUUCCACAUUGCUUGCUGAGCUUCCUCCUACGGACUCUGUAAAACGAGCAGACAACCAUUCUACAAGUCCCUAUAGGCGUGAAUCUAGUAGCGCUAUGCCUAAAACGAAAUCGAGCAAAAGCCGACAAACCGCUCGUCCAUUAACUGUGCGAAGCUCAAACGCAUCGAUUUAUCAACCACCAUCCAAAGUUUUUUUAAAGAAGACGGCCAUGCCCAACCUGUCAUCGAACCACAGCCGUUCGUUCACUACAAAAAUUUUCCAAAUUCGUUUUCCUGAACCAUGCAAAAAGCCGAAAGGCACCAAAGAAAGCGGAGAUCAAUGCAGACAGAAGAUUUCAGCACCGAAAAUAACAUGCAAAACUGAGGACAUUUGCGUGGCCGAAGAGGGUCGCAGAUGUUGUUACAGAGACUUCAAAAGUGAUCCUAAUACGGUUAGGCGUCCACCACCUUUUCCGGCAUUUUCAGAUUGCCUAGAUGAAGAAAUGGAGGAUAUCCUCACAGAGUGUCCUCUGGAUAAAGAGAAAUUCCAUAGAAUGCAGCCGAGGUUUAAACAGCCACCACCACAGCUGCUUAUUUCACCACCACCAUCGCAAGGAAAAAUUGAUUUAAUGAAGGAGCAAGAAUGUCUCAGAGAGAAACUUUGCAUGGAAAAUGAGGGUGUGACACAAUCGUGCAAAGACUUCGGAAAGCCCAUUCCGCUGAUGGAAACUAAAGAGAUGGUUCAGGAAGUGAAUCGAGAUUGCUUGAUUCAAGAACAGCUGAAAACGAUGAAAGGCCGAUGGCCGCCAAGGAACCUCAAACAGAACAGGCAUUUACCGCAUCCGAAACCAAUCACAAAACCCAGAGAUUUUAGUACAUUUUCAGCUAAAACGACCGGAGAAAUUAAUAAAAAACCACCGGCAGAGGUUAAAAGAAUCUACGUCAGAAAAUUUCAUGCUCUUAUUAAGAACACAGACAAAGCGGUACUGGGUGACAACAUAGACAAGCUAAAAGAAAUUACGCAAAAGGUAUUUCCAAAUAUGGACGACACUACCAAGGUUGUUAGGCUGAAAGACAAGUUAUGGAGACUUCAACACCCUAAAAUCUUCCAGUACCUCAAACGGCAAAAUAAAGUUGCUCGAAGAGUAACCAGGUGUUACACAACAUUCAAAUCCAGAAGACACUGGAGGAUUUCAAAAUUGUUAAAAAGCAUUAACUCGGCCAGACGAUUUUCUCGGGCAUCAGCUCUAUUGAAAUCUACAGGACAAUAUUACCGAGGAAGACGAUAUUUGAAAGUUGAAAGCAAACCUAAUGGGGCUGCAACACGGGACAAAUGCAAGAAAAAGUCCUUCUCGAAAUUCACUCUAAAUGGUUGUCCUCCAAGGCUGCAUAGGAAAAUAUGCCAGAGAACGCCAACCUUGCAAGAUAGCGCUAGACCAAUCAGCCCUUAUCCGGCCUUCUCGGAAUGCCAUCCUGAUGAACGAAUCACUCCAGCAUGCGAAUGUGGACACGAAGUGGGAAAAAGGCCCGACUUGCAGCCACGCUUUUCGGCUCUACGCGACUCAACUACCAUAGUAAAAGAUUAUCCUGCACAAGAAAGGAUUGAUAGAGGUAUGGGCGUUGAAUACUAUAAAUGUAAGAACGGUUUAGGUGAAGAGGGACAAACAAUAGGCUGCGACCCACACGGUGACUACUUUAAUUCAAAAAGUGGCCCAAAUUCAAAAGAUGCCAACGAUUGCGAUUCAUCUGCUCAAAAAUCUGCGAAAAACCCUCUUUUCGAAUUUCUAGUUCAAAGUCACCGAAAAGGCCCGCUCGCUGAACUAGAAGAAACUACUUGCUGCAGUCAGAGUCCGAAAUCGCCAAGUCAACCUGAUCCCUGCGACUUGGAUAGGAAAAAAAUCGAAGACAUCUGUAUUAAGGAGUGCAUCAAGACGAUACCUUGCGACCUGCCGGAGGAGGAAAAAUACUGUAUUUGCAGAGAUAGCUGUAAAACGAUACUUGACUGUAAGGAAAAGUGUGAAGCCCAAAGAAAUUUGCAAGCGGAGGAGAAAAGAACAACUGAUGCUUGCACGGACCAACCAAACCCCAAGACCGAAUGUGACAAAGCCAAGAAAAAAAUUGUUAAGAAAAUCUGCUCACCGAAACCGCCAUGCCCUCCUAAACCCACUUGCAAAAACAUAGCAGUCAAGCCCGUAUGUGGUCCUAAGAAAAGCAAAAGCUUCACGCAAUUGGAAUCGGUUUGGCAGAAAAUCGUGAAUUACUUCAAAGCUCGCCCCAAUUGCCCCCAGCCCGGAGACUAUAAAAAGAAAAGCUUGAAACAGAAAGCAGAGAAAGCUGCAGACGCUGCAGGACUGGUAGUCAUAGAUCCAAAUUGUUUGCCUCCUGACCUACGAAAAACUUUUAAAGCCACCAAAAAAGACUGCAAAAUAUGUCCCAACCAGGAGCCAAAGGAACCAGUCAAAGCUGGAAAUACGUCGACAUUUACUAAACCCAUCAACCGAAAUUUCAGCACCAACUUCCAGGAAUUUCGCGACUAUUCGAAGAGUUGCAAUAAUUUGGAGGAAAUCAAUAAACUUCUCGAAGAAAGUGAAAUAAAUCAGAGAAAAUUGAAGAUGGGCAUCAGUAGUUGCUGUCUAGACAGAGAAUUUGCUAUAUUUCCAGAAAGAAAGGGCACAGAUGAAUCUGAAGCAAUAAAGCUUUCGUUAGAUAUGCAGCUUUACAAGCGCACAGACCUUGCCGAUUUAUGCUAUGAAGGAGGCAAGUAUAAAAGAACGUACUUUGGAUACUCCAAUAUUAUACCUAGCAGGGAAAAUAUUUUGGAGCGGGCAUGGCGAAUCUCGAUUGAAGCCAACAAUAAAUACAAUUAUCCAACGAGCUGUAAUUUAUUUAACGAGAUUUUUUCCAAAUUGGAGAAUUCUAUCAAAACUGCUGAAGAUCUUGAAAAAUUAAAAACAGAAUCUGUUUUAAAAGAGCUGGAUGAGUUGCUUAAAAGCCAGGACCUAAAUACCAAUAAAAAGAAGAAAUAAACUGCUCUGUUUUCCGUCAAUUGUGUAAUAAACCCGUGCCUAGUUACGAAUAUAAUGUCCACAAAUAUUGUUAAAUAAAUUUAUUGUUGGUAAAAACGA